AUGCAAGGCUUCAGUAACUACGUCCCCCCCGACCAAGAAGGCACAACCACCGGCAACGCCCUGCACAAGAAACACCCACUGGGCGCACGCGCGCGCCACCUCAAAACCACCGGCAGCCUCAUCGUGCGCUUCGAGAUGCCCUUCGCCGUGUGGUGCACCACCUGCCAACCCCACGAGACCCUCAUCGGCCAGGGGGUGCGCUUCAACGCCGAGAAGAAACAAGUCGGGAAAUACUUCUCCACCCCGGUGUACAGCUUCCGGAUGAAGCAUGCCGCCUGCGGCGGGUGGAUCGAGAUCCGCACCGAUCCCCAGAAUACCGAGUAUGUGGUUGUGGAAGGGGGGCGGAGGAGGGAUCUGGGGAUUGCUGCGGGAGGCGGGGAUGGGGAGAUUGUGCUGCCGGGGCCGGGGCUUGGGUUGGCGCAGGUGGGAAAGAAGAUUCAUGGGGAGGUGGAUCCGUUUGCGAGGGUGGAGGGGAAGGUGGAGGACAAGCGACGGGGCGAGGGGGAGAGGGAGCGGAUUUUGGAGUUGCAGGUGCGGCAGGCAAGGGAUUGGGAGGAUCCGUAUGAGAACUCCAGGAAGUUGAGGAGGGGGUUUCGGGAGGAGAGGAAGGGGUUGGAGCGGAAGGAGGCUGAGACGCAGUCGUUGAGGGAUAAGUUGAGUCUCGGGAUUGAGGUCGUCGAUGAGACGGAGGGGGAUCGUGUGAGGGCCGGUUUGGUGGAGUUUGGGGAGCAGGGGAAUACGUCCACCAGGCUGAAGCCGCUGUUUGCGGCCGGCCCGCGGGCUCGAUCUACGGGCAAGGAGGGGGAUGCGCUGGAGUCGCGCAAGGCCUUGUUUCGCAGUGAGUUGAGGGGUAAUACUCGCGCGGCGGUGGAUCCGUUCCUCAGUAGUGAUUCGAGUGAGUGGCGUCCGGAGAGCAAGAGACGGAGGACUGUUGCGAAUAGUCGGCUUGCUGCUGAGGAGGCGGCGGCGGCGGCGAGAGAUAGCAGUGCCACGCCUGACAGUGAACCCGUGAGGACGGCAGAGACCACGCCGCCGCUGGCUUCGGCUGGGCUGGUAGAUUACGCGUCGGAUUCUGAUUGAUUCUACAUGGUGCAUAUGCUACAUUGGCGUUACUUGGUUGUUCGUGAUACCCUGGGUGGUUGUUGAUAUAUCUGGAUUACCAUAUUGAGUUUUAUGACUGCAUGGCUGCAUGCCUUCUACUCUGAAGAUUGCGAUGUGAGAAUGUGAGCAUCAUUGAUGCGUCGGGUAUAUGGUUGACAGUAGAACUUUUGCAGAUGGCCAGCUUACUUAGCCCAAGGGGCCUUGGUGAGCAUGUCCUCCUGGGCUGCCGGUCCAUCCGGAGCCGACCUUUGCUGGGCACUCGCCCACGGCGCUCGGGUAGGCGCCAUGGGUCCGGGGGGUAACCGUGAGGUAUC